AUGAUGAGCCGCAGCCUCAACCUCCUCCUCCUCGCCUUCCUCGGCCUCUUCGCCUUCAUCACCCCCGCCGCCGCCGGUCCAGACUUUUGGACAAUGUGGCAACACCGCAACACCUGUAUGCAAAAGGACGCCCAAGUCCUCGCCGCCAUCAUGAAGUUCUGCUCCCGCAACUUUUACACCGGAACCCCUUAUGCAGUCGACGGUGCCAGUCAAGGCAAAGUCAGAAUCAACGUCAGUGCCUACUGUAAACUGGGCACGUUUGUCCCCAAGGAGUGGUGUGAGUCGCAGAUGUUGGAGACUUGCGCUACCGGUGGAAAGAAGGGACGUAAUUUCCGCAAGUAUGAUAACGGAUGCCAGGGUUUCUGGAUUGGAGGCAGCUAG